AGUGGCAGCAGGGCCCAGCACCAUCCUGUGCUUCUACGUCUUCUCUUCCAGUCGCCCAUACAUAUUGCGCCCCCCUCAUCCUCCACGAGUUCUGCGUCUCGCUCGUUACGCAUUUCGAAACAUCAGAGGUCUUGGUUCACUGUAACUCCAGGAGUGACGGCGAGCGGGGAUGCAACGGGCAUUUGGAAUGUGCUGGAGCAAUGCUGGAGCUAGCUCGGGGUUCCCACAGGCUCGGAGGGGCGUUUUACGUGAUGAAGAAGACGACGGUGCUUGCAGAGGCUUCUCAGUGCGCCAUUGGUAUACGGUCGUGAGGCAUCAUGGGCCUCAUUGUCGCGUCUAAGCCUACGGAUGAACGGAGCCUAGGAGGUGUACGGAAGCGAGGUCACCGAACUCACCCUUACGGAAUCUGAGAACCCUCUGAGCGGAAGGAUCGCUCUCAUGUUUGGGCUCGAAACAGUUACGGGCACGAAGCUGCUUCGACUGGAUCCCAGCAUAUAUCAGGCCAUUCUGAAGGAGAAUCGUAGUUGGAGACGUAAUCUAUGCCGAAGCUAAUACCGGCGCAGUGAAGCGAGUAGGACGUUCAGACGCGUACGCUUCUUCAUAUGAUCUCGAGUCCGAGACAUAUGUCCCAUUACCCAAGGGUGACGUGCACAAGCGGAAG